GAGAAAACUUUGACAGGAACACAAAUUUGUAUUUGCAGAUGGAGAAGUUUGAUCAAAAGUAUGGAUGCACCCCUGCACUGCUAUCACUUGCUUGGGUUCUUCAUCAAGGAGAUGAUGUAGCACCCAUUCCUGAAGGAAAACGGCGAAAUACUAGGUUGGCUGUUCGAGAAAAGCUGUACAAAUCCAGCAUUCUGAAAGCAAAAGAAAUUCUUCAGUUUAAGAUGAUGAAAACUGGAUUAGCCAAUAAGAUAGAGGAGAAAGGAGUGAUGGUUGAAUCGUUGAUGGCAACCAAAAGAGAUGCUGCAGAGAGUGUGGCAAGCUUAGAGCGUCUGAAGAUGAGAAGAAAGAAGCUAACGAAAAAGCUGAAAAGAAAAAUCAAAGACUUCCAGAAAUUGCAGGCAUUGGAGGCUGAGCUGACAUUGGAGAUGAGUUCCUCGUGA